CGUACAUUUCUAAUCCAGACUCAAUAUAGACCAGAGGCAUCCAGUCAAGGAAGGCUGCUGAAAGAAAGUAGCAGACGAGGAAUGGAAGAGAGUGAUUAUGUGCCUCUUUUCGAAACGAAACCAGUCAGGGGACGUCUCCUCUACCGUCUGUACACUUGUUCAAUCUUUUUAGCUAUCUGCUCGAUCUUCUUCUACAGAGUGAGCUACUUUCCAGCGGACGGGGGAGCUCGAAGAAUAGCGUGGAUUGGAUUGUUUCUUUCAGAAAUUUGGUUCACUUGUUACUGGUUUAUCACAGUCAUCGUCAGAUGGAAUCCUGUUCAUCGUUACACUUUCAAAGACAGACUCUCUUGCAGGUGCGAGAAGUUUUUACCAGGUGUAGACGUGUUUGUUUGCACGGCGGAUCCGACAAUAGAGCCGCCGGUGAUGGUGAUGAACACGGUUUUAUCAAUCAUGGCUUAUGAUUACCCGGCGGAGAAGCUGAGUGUGUAUUUAUCUGAUGACGGGGGUUCAUAUUUAACCUUCUACGCCUUGUUAGAAGCCUCGCGUUUUGCGAAGCAUUGGUUGCCGUUUUGCAGGAAAUUCGGCGUUGAACCGAGAUCACCGGAGGCUUAUUUUCAGACAGCAAUUGGACCGGUUGAGGAUAAUGAGUGGUGUUCAAUCAAGAGAUUAUAUGAAGAGAUGAAGGAAAGAAUUGAAACUGCCACGAAACUCGGUCGAAUUCCAGAAGAAAUUCGAAAACAACACAAAGGAUUCCGCGAAUGGGACUUCGUUUCUAGUCGUCAUGAUCAUCAGACCAUUCUUCAAAUUCUGGUCGAUGAAAGAGACAGUGAAGCUGUUGAUGUUGAAGGUCAAGGUCUACCAACUCUGGUGUACUUGGCGCGCGAGAAGCGGCCUGACUAUCACCACAAUUUCAAAGCAGGAGCCAUGAACGCACUGAUAAGGGUGUCAUCAAUGAUAAGCAAUGGUGAAAUUAUUCUUAAUGUUGACUGUGACAUGUACUCGAACAAUUCGGAGAUUGUGAGAGAUGCUUUGUGCUUUUUCAUGGAUGAGGAGAAGGGAAAUGAGAUUGGUUUCGUACAGUAUCCCCAGACAUUCUACAAUCUUACAGACAAUGAUAUUUAUGGAGUUUCAUUGAGUGUGGAAACUCUGGUGGAGUUUCCCGGAAUUGAUGCCAAUGGAGGACCUUGCUACAUUGGUACUGGAUGCUUUCACAGGAGAGAAGCUCUUUGUGGGAAGAAAUACAGCAAGGACUAUAAGGUAGACUGGAAGAGAACAAAUCUAACAAAGAAUGAGAAUUACAGAACAAGUUUCUCUGAAGAAACAUGCAAAGUUCUUGCAAGUUGUACCUACGAACACAACACGAACUGGGGAAAAGAGAUGGGUCUAAAAUAUGGCUGUCCGGUGGAGGAUAUAAUCACAGGGCUAUCAUUACAAUGCAGAGGAUGGAGAUCAGCGUACUCCAUUCCUAAAAGAGCUGGUUUCCUUGGUGUUGCACCUACAACAUUGUUGCAGUUUUUGGUACAACACAAGAGGUGGUCUGAGGGUGAUUUACAGAUUUUUCUCUCACGCUACUGUCCUUUCAUUUAUGGACAUAAAAAAAUCCCCCUCAAGCUGCAAAUUUCUUACUGUAUUUACUUGCUCUGGGCUGCAAAUUCCUUGCCAACCUUCUUCUAUGUCACUGUCCCAUCACUUAGCUUGCUUAGAGGCAUCUCCUUGUUCCCAGAGAUCUCAAACCCAUUGGUGAUACCAUUUGCCUACGCUUUCUUCGCUAACCGAGCAUAUAGAUUGGGAGAAUUUAUACACUGUGGACGAACAAUAAGAAGUUGGUGGAAUGAUCAAAGAAUGUGGUUGUUCAAGAGAACAACAGCCUAUCUCUUUGCCUUUUGCAGCAACAUCUUGAGGAUACUGGGGUUUGGGAAGUCAGCAUUCGAGAUCACUGCCAAGGUGGCCGAUGAGGAUGUGUCGAAAAGAUACAUGCAGGAGGUAAUGGAGUUUGGUUCUUGUUCUGUGAUGUUUGAUGUGUUAGCAGCAAUUGCAAUGCUCAACAUGUUGAGUUUCAGCAUCGGUGCAAGUAGAGUAAUCACGGAAGUAGUUGAUCGUAGCCAAAAGGAAGUGACGGUGGAGAUGUUUCCUCUCCAGAUUCUCCUGUCUGGGAUUUUGGUGGCUGUAAACUUUCCUGUGUAUCAAGCGCUGUUCCUGAGAAAGGAUAAUGGCAGGCUGCCGAUCUCUGCAACAUACCAUUCAAUCUUUUUUGUUCUGCUGGUUUGCAUUACAUUCAUGUAUUAAUUCGACUGUAUUCACUUUUAUAUCUAUGCGGUUAACUUACACGCAUACAUAUGUAUUACAUAUAUAUAUAUAGAUCCUUCAGUUUUAUGAUAUAUCCUAUUUAUGAAA